AUGCAAACUCUAUCGGAACGGGCCGCGGCCGAAGAUUGCGGCCAACAUUAUUUCCUGUUCACCGCCAUUGAAACCACUGAGAAAGAAAAGGUAGAGGAAACGGGGAAGCAGCUACAAAGCUUCGCCGCCCAGUUCAACUUGCCCUUCUCGUUCAACGUCCUCUACAUACCAGACCUUAAGCACUUAAAAGCAGAGCAAGUGGAGAUAAAGGCAGACGAAGCCGUAGUUAUCCACGCCUCCUUCGCUCUUCGCGCAAUGAUUUCCAAACUGUUGGAGCUGGAAAAUUCAUCGACGCACUACACAAUGCGGAGCGACGAUCAACAUCGGGCGAGCAUCGAAGCCGGGUCGGUCCUCGACGGGAUCCGUAACAUUGUGGCGGCGGAAGGGCGGGAAAGGGUGACGAGAAGCGUGAGCUUGCAGGUUUGGAGAGACUUCUUUGGAAGCUAUACUCCUGGAUCAUGGACUGAAUUAGUUGGCGGUACAAACUUACGUGACUAUAAAGUUCCAAAAACGACAAUCAUCUUGUUGAUUGGUACAAAAGGUUGUGGUAAAAGCAGUCUAGUGAACAAGAUUUCAGAUGUUUUUGAGUCCGAAAGGUUUACACCACAAAGAGCACGAGUGUCGCUUAAUCCUUCUGUUGGAGGUUGUACCUGUUUUGCCCACGGGUACAAGAUCCCGAGCUCUGCAAAAUCUUUCUGUGUAUAUGAUGCGCAGAGUUUGUCUUACAAUCAGUCUGAAAAUGAGAACAUGCUGAAACAUUGGAUGACAAAUGGAGUUUGUCAUGAGGAAUCUUUUAUAUGGUGCCAUGCUCAGAAGGCAUACUACUUACCCAUCGUGGCUCGACCCAUCAACUUUGUGGUGUUUGUUGUCAAUGCUGUUUCUGUUCUUGAAUCAAUGGAGGGCAGAGAUGAAACAGAGAAACGCUAUACUCGAGUCGUUUCUAAAGCAUUCAAUAGCCCGUUGCUAUCGUUCAAAGAUGACAGGCCUGUAGUUGUGGUUACACAUGGUGAUUUACUCUCGGUUUCUGAGCGUGUUCGUGUGCGUGUUCACUCGGGGGACCUUUUGGGAAUCCAUCCAAAGAACCAGAUUUUUGAUAUCCCAGAAAGCAAUGAUUGUGCAACUAAACUGGCAAUUCUUGAUAUGCUACACUAUUGCCUCGACCACGCUGAUCAGAAUCUACCCUUGAAAGGUUUAUUCCCGAGUCUGUUUUUGCAGCAUAUAUCCCUUCUGUGGCUGAUGGCUUUGCUGCUGUGGUUGUAUGCAUUGAUGCGUGUAUAUAUAUACCUGGAUAGGAUCCUGCGAGAACACAUACUCAAAUGAAUUGAAUGCCUUGGCUUUUUCUUAUGGAAACUAAGAAUGUUUUUGAGUUUCAUAUAUAUAUAAAUGCUAGAAUAAAAAGCAGUUUUGUCUGUCUUCCUAGUAUUAUUCUAGUUUAGUAGCCGAUCGAGUAGAGUUACCUACAUAGACAGUUCAAUUAAUUCUUAAAUGAUAGAUUGUAGACAACUUCAGCUAGCUCUAACUA